AUGGGGGAUGGGAGGGGAUAUGAUGGUUCCAACAUGACCCUUUUACUUCAAAAUGAAAGACUUCCUUGUUCUUCUGACGUUCUUGAUUCUCUCUUGAUAUCCAACUUUUCUCCUUCUUUCCAUGGUUCUACAUCCAUGUUUAAUUUCCAAAAUUCUCCAGCAGAAAAUGUUACUAAUAAGCCAUUGUUCUCUCCUCUUGGUAAGGAGGAAAAUGGAAAUGAGGAUUAUGAUGGAUGCUUUCAUCCACCCCAAAAAAUAAGGCGACUUACUACCGAUCAAGUUCAAUUUCUAGAAAAGAGUUUUGAGGUGGAUAACAAACUUGAACUAGAGAGGAAGGCGCAGCUUGCUAAGGAAAUUGGCUUGCAGCCUCGGCAAGUUGCAAUUUGGUUUCAAAACCGGCGAGCCCGAUACAAAACCAAACAGCUUGAGAAGGACUAUGAUUCUUUGAAAGCAAGCUAUGACAAACUCAAGGCUGACUAUGAUUGCCUCUUCAAAGAGAAUGAAAGUUUAAGAAAUGAGGUACAAUUGCUCACAGACAAAUUGCUUGUCAGAGAAAAAGGGCAAGCUAAUUCAGAACCAAGUGAUACAAUCAAUCCAUUGGAUGCAGAACCUCAGAAACUAAUUUCCAAUUCAAAUUCUCAAAAUGUAUCCAUUACACCAAUGGUGGUCUGUAGACAUGAACAUGGUAGUUCUGCCAGAAGUGAUGUUUUCGAUUCCGAUAGCCCUAAUUACACUGAUGGAAACCAUUCUACCUUUUUAGAGCCUGCAAAUUCUUCUAAUGUUUUUGAACCUGAGCUGUCGGAUUUUUCUCAAGAUGAAGAAGAUACGAGCAUCCUGCCCCCAUUAUGCUUCCCAAAACUUGAAGCUCCACCAGAAAAUUCUUGCAUUUUGGGAUUCCCAGUUGAAGAUCAAGCUGUUUGGUUCUGGUCCUACUGAGUUAUUAUUGGCAUUUAGGUUUUGGCACUGUAAAGUUGUUUUAUUGUGACCUAGAGGUCACGGGUUUGAGUUGCAUAAAUAACCUCUCUGCUUGUAGGGGUAAGAAUGCGUACAUCUAACCCUUCUUAGAUUUCACAAUAACGAGAAUCUCGUGUACUAAGUACGCCACUUUUGCACUGCUCUGUAAUGCAGUGUUAUGAGGUAGUCUCUUGUAAUUAAAGUUAGAAGUCAAUAAAUACGUUUAUUCACACCCUUACUGUUGGUGUUGG